AUGUCAAGGUUCAAGCCAAUGCCAGACGACAGAGCCCCGUUCCGCAAGGGAAUCACUGAAGAGAUGGCCAAGAAGCCGAAAUAUCCGGCUUUCCACGACGACAAUAUCAUCGACCCGGAACUGGCUGCCUACAUGUCAGACGAGUCCAGCGGUGACGAACAGAUGAGCAUAUUUGCCACCAUGUCAAACGCUGAUCUACAACCGUCAAGCUACGACCAUGAGAAGUCAAGCUUCGGACCGUUCUUGAGCACGGGAAGGAGACACCGACUUGGGCGAGGGGAGAAGAGUGUCAGCGGGUUGAGCUUCACGAGCCGCGGAAUGGACGACAAUGCAGGCUCCGGAAGCCUCAUCGGUCAUGGCCGCCCCGCGAGAAGACGCAAUCUCAGCAAUGUGAGCCAUCAGAUGAGGUCCCCCCGCCCCAAAUCCGGCAUCUUCAAGGGCCCGUCCGCAUCCAAUGAGAACGUCUUCACCAUUGAGAAUCCUGCUAUCGAAGCCACGAAAUUGACUAGAAGCGAUUCGAUGCAAGCGGAUAAGCAGCCACAGGUAGAGCUCAAUCCAUCUAGUAUGUUGCAUGUCAAGAGACUCCUGCACCAGUUGCUCGAGGACUCCGGCAUACCUAAUGUGCCAGCAUGGGAAAAGGCUCUAGUUCCCAUUUUGCUCCAGUGCACCGACGACGUUACUCCGGACAUUAGAGUUGGAGAUGACAUGGACAUACGACAUUACGUCAAGCUUAAGAAAAUACCAGGCGGAAAACCCGGGGACACGAGUUACGUCUCAGGUGUCAUAUUCACAAAGAACCUUGCUCUCAAGAGCAUGCCACGCCGUAUUCUCAAUCCUCGUAUCGUCAUCGUCUCUUUCCCGAUAGAGUACCAGCGCCACCAGCAACACUUCAUGAGCCUCCAACCUGUCAUUGAGCAGGAGAAAGAGUUCUUACGAAUUGUCGUCAACCGCAUCAUCAACUUGCGCCCACAACUACUUCUCUGUGAAAAGUCUGUGUCUGGCGUUGCCUUGCAGUACCUCUCCGAGGCAGGCAUAGCUGUCGCCUACAACGUCAAGCCAUCGGUUAUCGAGGCCGUAUCAAGAUGUGCAGAAACAGACAUCAUCUCCUCUCUCGACAUGCUGGCCUUGCAAGUCCAAGUCGGAAGAUCUGGCGGCUUCGAAGUCAAGACAUACGUCAACAAGAACUAUCCCGGAAAGAAAAAGACGUACAUUUUCCUUUCCGGGUGCUCUGAGAAGCUUGGCUGUACGAUCGCUCUCCGUGGCGACUCAACUGAGGUUCUGUCAAAGAUGAAGAAGAUCACAGAGUUCAUGGUCUAUGUCGUGUACAACCUGAAACUGGAGACAUGCUUGAUGAGAGACGAGUACAUCCAGCUGCCUGCAGAGCCUGAGGAAUCGUCCUCUCUGUCAUCUUCUCUCCGCCAAAAUCCCGAGGAUGGUCCUAGAUCUCUCAGCGCGUCAACUGAACUCGCAGAGACGGGACCGCAAAUAACAAAGACCUCGCCCCCGGAGUCUGAACUCCCCACACAAACCAGUGACGGCACGUCGUUGGUCACUGCUGAGGGUACCGUAUCGUCAGAUCAGACUGAAGAGCCUGUUGUAGAAGAACGCCCUCCACUCGUAUCUCUUCAUGCCUCUCACGUUCCACCCACGUCUCCUGAGUCCCAAGUGCCAGAAGACGUGCCGAUGCCAACAUACUAUAGCGAUAUGGUUGCGAGAUAUGAGACCAAGAUUCUCUCAGCUUCUCCGUUCGUCAAGUUUGCGCAGCCUUACUUGCUCAUGAAGGCGCGAGAGCAAGAACGGAGAUUGGUUUACUUGAAGCGGCUGAGGGAUCAAGAUGUCGUUGAGGAACAGAUUGACGCCGAAAAGUCAAAGUCACAAAAGUUCCAGCUCAUUAAGCCUGAAAUGGUCCACGCUAUUGGGCAGAAAGCGCCGCGCCAGGUUAUGGAAAUUUUGCACGCCGUUCAUGAUGCCGAAUACGACAAGGCGCUUUACAAUUACCAGGUACAGACCCGGCAAUGGGAAAAUUACAUCCAGGGCAAUCUCGACCUUUUCGAUCCCUAUUCUCACCAGAACAUUGUCGUUCUGUACUCAGUCAUCUGUACAGAGACGAAGAUUCCGUGCUCAGAGCCCGGGUUGAUUGCGAUUGCGUUCUACGACGAGCAUGUCGACGAGAGCGGAAGCAUGGAUCCGGACUGCACCCUCGGUCAGUACAUUGAAGAUCUGUGCAUCAGUAAGGAUUCGAUAUGCACAGCCAAUGGCUGUGACCGGAAGAUGACGGCGCAUCAUCGCACCUACGUCCACGAUGAGUCGCGAGUCACUAUUUUUGUUGAGCCGGCGGCCAAGAGACGCAACUUGGACGGUAUCACUAUGUGGAGCUACUGCAAAACAUGCAAGAAGGAUUCUCCAGAGAUGGGAAUGUCUGACAGCACAUGGAAAUACUCUUUUGGCAAGUACCUUGAGCUUCUCUUUUGGAGCAGAGGCCUGCGGCUUCACGAGUUCUCUGGGUGCCCGCACGACCAUCACCGCGACCACAUCCGGUAUUUCCACUAUCGCGACACCUGGGUGAGGAUUCAUUACGAUCCCAUCGAUCUUCUCGAAAUUGUCGUCCCCCGAGCUCGGAUUACGUGGAAGGUCGAAAAUGACCUCAAGCUCAAGAACGAGAUCUUCAACAAGAUCGAGGAACGUUGGGUCCGCUUCAUCAACUCUGUCAAGUUCAGGAUCAAAAGUAUCCGCAUCGACAGCGUUCUGCCUGAGAAGGCCGAUGCGUGUAAGACCGAAGUCGACCGACUUGCCAAGAAAGCGCAGGAUGAUCAAGUCGCAUUGACCCGCAGACUUCAGGAAACUUACGUGAAUUCCAAGUAUUACGAAGUCAUUCCGUUCAAUGCCAUUGUCAGGGAGAUGCUGGAGAAGGCCGGCGAUUGGGAUGCUUCUUUCACUAAAUUCGAGACGGAUUUUCUGCCGGACAAAGAUUUGCGCCAGUUGACGAUGCUUCAGCUCAAGAAAAUCUUCUCGGACAACGAAUCGAGAGAGUCUCUUCCCUCCACAGACGGUAAUUCCACCGUGGACUCCGGGGAACCUCCAUCUCAAACUUUCUCAGAUGAUGCUGAUGAGAAGUCUUCGACUCAACCAACCGACCCAACUGAACCUAGCGAGGAAGGUGUCUCAGAGAUGACCAAGAAUGAAGGCGACCCAGAGAAUGAGCCUGAAGGGUUCAAGGAAAAGGAGCCGAUUCCAGACCCAGAGCCAUCUCAAGAACAAGAACCUCGACCCGUUUCUAAAGACAAGCCCGCUACCAGAGACGAGAAUCCCGAGUCCUCGGAGACUAGCAAAAUCAGUACGCCGGCCGAAUCCGUACUGGAUAGAGUAGAGCCUCUGGAUUUGGCUACCCCAAGCUCACCGAAAGGAAAGAGCCCAUUCUCUUUUGCUGCCAUUGAUGAAGCUGGAGAGACUUCGAGUGGUUCGGGUGCUAUCGAGCCAACUUCACCGACUUCCAGACCUCCACUUACUACGACCUCCACGGGAAUUUCUCUUUCAGAAAAGGUCGAGCAGCUUCGACGUGAGCAACAGGUCAUGGGUAACGAGACACCCUCAGCCAACGAGCCCGCUGAGGCACCGAAAGCAAACCCGGAGCGAACUUUGGCUCGCAGGGCUCCGAUGAUUAGAACUCUAUCUCAGCCCGCCCAAACGCUACCGAGAUUGCAACCAAGCUUUGCCAAGUCAAUCUUGCCAAAGGAUGGCGCAGGGCCCAGCGAGAAUGCCAGCGAGACAUCCUUUAAAGUGGAAAAGAAACCGUUUGAUCGGCUGGCGUUGGGGAUGAAGAGCCAUAGAAAGGCCGGUCCCUCCUCAAUCCCUCGGCUGAUCACAAAGAAGAAGGAUACCCACGUGUCGUCUCAGGUAUCUAGGAUCGCCAAGCACUUUGAACAGCUGAGUCGCGAAUUCGAGAAGGAAAGGCAAAGGGAAGAUCGCAGAAAGCGCCUUGCGAAACAUCAACCUCGUGCCGGUCUGCCACGCUCAGCAACCAAGGCCAUUGUGGAGGUCUAUCACAACAUUGACAAUGCCGUCCAGGAGGCCGGACCGUCAAACACUGAACAAAACCAUGAGAUCAAGAUUCUCGAGCCAAAGACGGCGCCCGUCACUCCAGCACCUCCGGGUGUUGUGCAUACGGAACCUGACACAAUGCCGCCUACGGGAGAGCCACAGCCUGUAACAGAAGCUCCGGCCGCAUCUGAAGAGCACCACGUUGGCGGAGAGACUGACGAUACUGCGACGGUCACUGCCAGCCACGGUGGAUCGGACGACGAAGGACAAAGCGACAACGAAGAAUCCAUACUAGGCGACUUGUUACCCGAUGUGAAAGAGCUCGCAGACUCACUUGAGCCCAGCACCGAGAUUCCGUUGGAACUGCCCAAGCAUCAAAAGACUAGCUUGAUGAAAAUGCUUACAAACUUCUGGGCCGAGCGAUCUGCGAGCGGCUGGCCUCAGUUGGAUUACCCGGUCAAUGCCAGCGAUCACAUCUUCCUCGACUCGGACGUGAUUGUACGAGAGGACGAGCCUUCCUCCGUCAUUGCCUUUGCGCUAAGCUCUGAUGACUAUCGCACGAAGCUGGCUGAUAUUCGCCGUCAAGAGCGGAUGGCCAUACAAAAGGACUAUGAGGCAUCGAAUCUCGAGGGCAAGUCUUCUGGUAUGUCUGACACUGGCGGUGAGUUCACGAUGGAAGAGGGUGACCUGGAGAAGAGUCUGCUCAGAGCCACGGGUACCCAUCUCAAAUACCAAUUCAAGGAAGGUUCUGCGACAAUGCUCUGCAAGAUCUUCUAUGCCGAGCAAUUCGAUGCGCUUCGCCGGAAGUGCGGUGUUGCAGAUCGCAUUGUUGAGUCUCUUUCCCGCUGCUUGAAGUGGGACUCGAAGGGCGGAAAAACGAAGUCGGUCUUUCUCAAGACUCUUGACGAUCGACUGGUUCUCAAGGGCUUGUCGCCCAUUGAGACGUCGGCUUUCCUGCGAUUCGCCCCAGCCUACUUCGGCAUCAUGGCAGAGGCUCUGUUCCAUGAUUUGCCUUCUGUCAUUGCCAAGAUGCUAGGUUUCUUCCAACUGAUCAUCAAGAAUCCAGUCACUGGCGUUGAGAUCAAGCUAGACCUUCUUCUGAUGGAGAAUCUCUUCUACGAUCGUGGCCCGACACGUCUGUUCGACUUGAAGGGAUCAAUGCGCAAUCGCAAGAUCCAGUCCACAGGCGAGCAGAACGAGGUCCUUCUUGACGAGAACAUGGUCGAAUUCAUCUAUGAAUCUCCUCUAUUCGCGCGCGAGCAUUCCAAGAAGCUUCUGAGAGCUUCCGUCUGGAACGACACCCUGUUCCUCGCAAGGCAGAACGUGAUGGACUACUCUUUGAUGAUCGCAGUAGACGAAGCUAAGAAGGAGUUGGUUGUUGGUAUCAUUGACUGUAUCCGGACAUACACGUGGGACAAGAAACUCGAGAGUUGGAUCAAAGAUCGAGGAUUUGCUGGCGGUGGCAGAAAUCGCCCGACAGUGACCAGUCCAAAGGAAUAUAAGUCUCGCUUCCGAGAGGCGAUGGCCAGAUAUAUCCUCCAAGCACCAAAUUGCUGGCAUCAGUUCGGUGUGCCUCAACUCAACAACACCAUGAGGCCACGGUUCGAAUCAGAUGCAAAGGCCGAUUAA